GUAGAUACAGUUUCACCAUGUUGCCCAGGCUGGUCCUGCACUCCAGGGCACAAUCAGCACACCUACUUCAGCCUGCCAAAGUACUGGGAUUACAGUUGUGAGCCAUUGUGGCCAGCCUACUGCCGUGAUGUCUACUACCAUGAUUUCGUGGCAAGUGCAGCUGGUCCAGCACAGAUGGGUUGCUCUUGCCUUCAUGAUAGAGCGACCUACUGAUAAAAAGGUAUGAGGAGGCUUUGGCUAUCUCUCUCUGUAUUUUUUGAGACAGAUUGAGCUCUAAUCCAAUGCGAUUACUGUACUUAUAAAAGAGGGAAAUUUGGAUACAGAGACACCCACAUAGGAAGAACAUCAUGUGAAGAUAAAGGCAGAGAUUAGGCGAUGUUUUUGCAAGCCAAGGAAUACCAGAGAUUGCUAGCAAACCAUCAGAAACAAGAUGAGAGGCAUGGAACAGAUACUCUCACAUAGCUCCAAGAAGAAACCAACCCUGCUCAUACCUUGACCCUUCUCUUCUAACCUCCAGAACUAAGAGACAAUAAUGUUUGUGGAUUAAGACAUCCAGUUUAUGGGUUUUCAUUAUGGCAGACCUAGCAAAACUAACAUAUGCUACCCAGUGAAGAUUUGCUCUCCAUCUUCCACUGCUCCCCCACAUCAAAUAACUAGAUCGUAUCUGGUUAAUGUCCAAAAUGUCUCGUAGGUUCAGGCUCUACUCUGUUUCCAUUGACUGUAGACAUAUUGGGUAAUUGGGUAAUCAGUAAGCACCAUGAUAGGAGAAGCUAGAAAGGCACUUAGUUGACCAAAUGCAGCAAGGCUAGGUCAAAGCUGGUGUAAGAGGGAGAGGGUCUGGGAUUCAAAAGUGAUGUGGAAAUGUUGGGGCUGGCAAGCACAGGUUGAGGGGAUGCCUAACUUACCACUUGGUUGGAAAAUGCUGAGACGGCAGAGGCUACACCAAAUGUCCAAGGAGGGGGGCUGGCCAGAGGCCAAGAUUUCCCUGGGUUUUGUCCCAUGGCUGGCUUUGGGGCUGGAUUUUCACCUGGGGUGCGUGUUGGGGUCUGAGUGGAGAUCUUGGGGAGAUCUUUGGGGCUGGAUUUUCACCUGGGGUGUGUGCUGGGGUCUGAGAUCUUGGGGAGAUCUUUGGGGCUGGAUUUUCACCUGGGGUGCGUGUUGGGGUCUGAGUGGAGAUCUUGGGGAGAUCUUUGGGGCUGGAUUUUCACCUGGGGUGUGUGUUGGGGUCUGAGUGAGAUCUUGGGGAGAUCUUUGGGGCUGGAUUUUCACCUGGGGUGCGUGUUGGGGUCUGAGUGGAGAUCUUGGGGAGACCUUUGGGGCUGGAUUUUCACCUGGGGUGUGUGUUGGGGUCUGAGUGAGAUCUUGGGGAGAUCUUUGGGGCUGGAUUUUCACCUGGGGUGUGUGUUGGGGUCUGAGUGAGAUCUUGGGGAGGUCUUUGCUACUGGGUUUCUUUAGGGUGUGACCGCGGGGCACACAUCCAGAAGCACUGGCCUUGUGAAGCUCCCGAGAGUGUUCUUUGAACUACUGCAAACCCAACCAGCAGGUUUGCUGAAAAGUGGCCACGUUCCAGUCCAAAAUGUGUGAGCCAAGAGGGUGCUUAGCAUUCCCCAGGCCCAGUCCCAGCUCUGUCAAGAAAUGGGAGACUUCACCAUAGCACUGGGAAUUGGAUUCUAAACUUUAGGAUCAAGCAAUGAAAGGACCUGGAGUAAGAUACCUUCUUGACCUCCCUGAAGGGCUCUGAGCAGCUGAGCUUGCCUUUCUCUUUGCUCCCCCAGUCCUCCCCUUACUUCUCGGUCUCCUACUCCCCAUCGCUCCUUUCCCUGCCUCCUCCUGCCUGUCUCCUUCUUCCUCCCUUUCUUCUCUCACCCCAUUAAUCACCCCUUGUCACUAUCACCUCCUCCCUCCAGUCUUUCCCCCUUCGCUGCCCCUUCUUUCCUCCGACCUUUCCUUCUCUUACUGCCCCUGUCUCCCACCUUUCUCCUCCCCCUCAUAUCUCCCUCUCCCUACCUCCUCCUCUUGUUCAUCUUUCUCCUUCCCCCUUAUUUUUCUAUCUCCUUCCUCAGUCCCACUCCCCUUUCCACCCUCCUUUUGCCCGUCACUUCUCCUUCUCCCUCAUUGCCCCCUCCCUCUCUUCUCCUCCCCAGGUCCUGCCCCACUCAGCUCUGUUUGCUUUUCUCCCGGAUCCGGAUGGAGGGGUUGCCCUGCCCAUGCCCAGCCCUGCCCCACUUCUGGCAGCUUGGAUCUCGCUUCAUGGCUGAGGGCUCCAGGACUCAGGCCCCUGGGAAAGGGCCCCCACUCAGCAUCCACUUCCUGCGAGCCCAGUAUGAAGGCUUGAAGAGGCAGCAGAGGACCCAGGCCCACCUCCUGGUGCUUCCGAAAGGAGGAAACGCGCCUGCUCCUGCGGAAUCGAUAGUCAAUGCUGUUUGGAUUAACAAGGAGAGAAGGAGCUCACUGUCCCUGGAAGAGGCAGAUUCCAAGGUAGAUGGGAGGCUGGAGGAGGCUGCCCAGGGCUGUCUUCAGGCCCCCGAGUCUCCGUGGCACAUGCACCUGGAGAUGCAUCAUUUGGUUCAAACCUUCCCCCAGGAUACUAGUCAUCAAGUACAUCACAGGGGCAAGCUUGUGGGAUCUGACCAAAGGCUCCCUCCUGAAGGAGACACACACUUGUCUGAAGCCAAUCAGAUGAUUCAGCAAGCAACCGGAAUCCCAGAGGCUGCCCAGCUUCCAUGCCAGGUGGGCAAUACCCAAACAAAGGCAGUGGAAUCUGGCUUAAAAUUCAGCACUCAAUGUCCUCUUUCCAUAAAGAACCCACACAGGUCUGGCAAACCAGCUUACUAUCCAUUUCCCCGGAGGAAAUCUCCCAGGAUCUCCCAAGCUGCCCGGAACCUGGGCUUAUAUGGCUCACCCUGAAGCUUUCUAUUCUGCCAGAUGUCUUGACCUUGAGGCCACCUAUGGCCUCAUGGAGGAACCAAUGAGGCAGAGCCACAACUAGGUCUCUAGCUAUGAGCAAGAACUGUACUAACCCAAUUAUAGGAAUUGUGGGAGAUGAACUUCACAGUGGUAACAUGGGUUUAUCCUUCAAUAAGAAACUUCCCAGGCCAAAUGGCCCACAGUUUAGGAUGAAGAGGACUGGUCAGUGCAGCCCCAUUCUGACAUUGAUAUGAGGUCCUGGCUAUCCAUUCCUUGGGGAAGACCAGUAAGACAUCUGCUCCAUCCCUGGAACUGGAGAAUUUUGAAACAUAAACCAGGGACUCUAGCCAAUAGAAUGCCUUAGCAAUGCCCAGGGGUCAAUGGGCAUGGGCAUUCUUGUUUUCAAUGUCUUCUGAUGAUUUCUCACAUAUUCUGGAGAAGACCAGCUCUGAGAAUUCAGACGCUUCUUCUGGUGGCUGUGUCUGGGGGGCCAUCUCACUUAGAAGUCACAACACUCAUUGGCAGUGAUCACAUCAUUUCAAUUUGGGCUUCCCAAAGUAUGGUUACCCUGUAUGAAGGUGAGAUCAAUGCUACCUACCAUUUUGUGUCUUUAAGGAGUCUUUAGAAAGGGCUGAUCAUCUGCCACUGCUCACUGAGACAUGUACAUUCCAACAUCAUCACAGAUUUAUCUCCUUCCUUCCUUCUCUCCCUCCCUCCUUCUGUCUCUCCCUCCGUUCCUUCCUUCCUUCUUUCCUUCCUUUCUUCCUUCCUGUCUAUUUCUCUCUCUCUCUGCAAGUUAUUUUCUUAUUAAAAACUGCCACUCAUUGAAGAUAUAUAAUGAUGGGAUCCUGAACAAAAAGAGGCAAAGAAAUUCUCCUGCUUGAAAAAUAUGCAUUUCCUAGAGACUGCCUCCUGUUUAGUCCAACUUGGAUCACUCAGAUCCUUCCUGGGAUCAAACACGUAUUUUUAAACGUAAGACAAAGCAAACCAGGUGUUACUUGGGUGAUAGGAAAAAAAGCUUGUCCUUCCUGAUUAAUGUUUAGCUUUAGUAAUGCUAUUUAAACACACCUAAGGUGCCUUUCCCUCAUCUCAGGUGCUUUCUCUGUAAAGUUUCACCCCCACCUUUCUUUUCUCCCCAUGGCCAUCCAGUCUUGCCCAUCUACAACCAGAGUUGUUAACUAGCAGUGUCAUUACCUGUCAAAAACAUGUAGGUGCCUCCUUGAACAACCCAGAAAUCCACUCCAAUUUGGGGAUUGUCAUUCCUUUUGUGAAUAAUUAAUACAAUUCAGUUGUUUUUAAAAUAUUCUAAUAAAAAAGGACAUUUU